AUGGCCCCAGUAUUGGAAGAAUUGAUUGAAAACAGAGAAUUUGAAGAUUUUAACCAUGAGAUUUCAAAAUUUAAUGAUGGAACCUCCAAACAUCUCGAAUUUACCUCCCAAAACUCCGUUUUGAAGAAAAUUAUUGAAACUGUCAAUGUCAUUGAUCAUGACAGUUGCUUACCAGGUGAAGAAGACUCAUUUUUCAUUGUAAAUUUGAAAGAAGUUGAAAAAUCUUUACAUUUAUGGCAUGAAAAGUUACCUCGAAUUCAACCUUUCUAUGCUGUUAAAUGUAAUCAUAACAUUGAAGUUGUGAAAUAUUUGAGUGGUAGAGGUGUUAACUUUGAUUGUGCUUCGAAGAAUGAAAUUGAGUUCAUUUUGAAUUUAGGCGUAGACCCUUCUAGAAUCGUUUAUGCUAACCCUUGUAAGACUAGUUCUUAUAUUAGAUAUGCCCAUGAUAAUGGUGUUAAUUUGACCACCGUUGAUAAUUGUCAUGAGUUGUAUAAGAUCAAGAAAUAUCAUCCCAAUACUGAUAUUUUGAUCAGAAUCAUCACCGAUGAUGAAUCAGCUCAAUGUCAAUUGUCAACUAAAUUUGGUUGUGACAUGGAAACCGCUUUAGAGAUCUUGGACGUAGCCAAGGAAUUGGAACUUAAUAUUAAAGGUGUAGCUUUCCAUAUUGGUUCAGGUGCUACCGAUAAUCAAGCUAUUUUCAAAGCUAUUAAAGAUUGUAGGGAGAUUUUCGAUAAUGCCGACAAUUUAGGCUUUAAGUUGGAUACCGUUGAUAUUGGUGGAGGAUUCCAAAGAGAAAGUUUCGAUACUUUCUCUUCAAUGAUCAAUUAUUCCAUCGAUAAGUUCUUUCCUUCGACUUACUGUGAAUCUAGAGACCUUAGAUUCAUUGCUGAACCAGGAAGAUUCAUGGUAUCUGAUGCAUUUACCUUGGUUACUCAUGUCAUUGCUAAGAGGUUUGAUUCUAUGAUUUAUGUAAAUGAUGGAGUUUAUGGGAACUUAAACUGUAUUUUGUUUGAUCAUCAGAAUCCAAUACCUCAGUUGGUACCUUUGGACACUAAAUCUUUGGAUACCAAAGAACCUUCAACCACUUCAUUGAUCUCCUACUCCAUUUAUGGUCCAACAUGUGAUGGUUUAGAUAAAAUUGGUGAUUUCAAAUUACCCCCAGUAAAUGUGGGAGAUUGGUUGUAUUUUGAAAAUGUCGGAGCCUACACUUCUGUAGCUUCCACAUCUUUCAACGGAUUUGUUUCUGAUAAGUUUAUAUAUGUGGAAUAA